GUGCUUUGGUGUUUAACUGAUCCCCUCAUGCUUUCCCUCAUGACAAUGCUAGGAUUUCGUUUAUUUUAGGGCUUUUGACUGGUAGAGCACUCUGUUGGGCGGAGUCGUGUUUCACCAACCCCACACGUUUUGACUGCACGUUUGAUCAAUUUGUGUCAGAGUUUAAGCAGGUGGCAGGGGAUCAGACCGCUGUUGCUCGCCAAUUAUGGACCAUGAAACAACGUAACCAGUUUUCGUACUGCAGCAGCCGCUUCUGGCUGGAAUACUACUGCACUAAAGACAACCUUUUUCCAUGCUCUAGAUGAGGCUCUAAAAGAUGAGUUGGCCCUAGUUGAUGAACUGGAGGAGCUUAACAAGUAUAUUGCCCUCGCGGUCCGUUUGGACGGCAGGAUGAGGGAAUGGAGACGCACUCGUGUAGAACGAGGCGUUCAGAAGUCCAUACAAUCAUCCCCUCCACGCUCCUCCGCUCCUUCCACUGCCAUUAAUUUUCCUGACCCUGAACCCAUGCAGUUGGGUAGAGCGCGUCUGUCUGCUGACGAGCGGCAACGCUGCCUUGAGGCUCACCAGUGUUUUUACUGUGGCUCUUCCACUCACCUAGUGUCAGUUUGUCCUGCUCGGCCAAAAGAGAGAGGCCGCCGGUUAUAGGGGGGCAACCGUGACUUAAAUCUUAAGGCCCCUAUUUACUUUACCUGCCAUGAUGAUAUUAAAUCAGAACUCUGUGCCUUUAACGGCUCUGUUAGACUCAGGAUGUGAGUUGAACCUGAUAGAUCAGACCUUAGUGACACAGCUUAGAGUCAGAGCAGCUACCCACUCCACGCAUGGUCUUGGCUCUGGACGGACAGGCAUUGCACAGCAUUACCCACUGCACCAGACCUUUAGAAUUAGUGUUAUCAGGGAACCAUAAAAAGCUAAUCUCCCUACAUGUUUUUCCGGUUUCGCAGAGCAAUUUGGUUCUGGGUUUCUCCUGGUUACAGAACCACAACCCCCACUUAAACUGAGUUGAACUCAGGGUAGACACCUGGUCCGACCAUUGCCUGUUGACCUGUUUAAGGUCAGCUGUUACCCCUAGAACUCAUCCUGGGGAGACUGAAGCAAUCGAACCAGCAAAUUUAGCCAGGGUUCCCCCCGAAUACCAUGACCUUCUACAGGUUUUUAGUAAGGCAUUAUCAUUGCCCAGCCACCGCCCCUACGACUGUGCUAUCGAGCUUCUGCCCGGGGCUCCAUUACCCACUAGCCGUUUAUUUAAGAUCUCUCAGCCCGAACGUCUAGUUAUGGAGAAAUACUUAGCUGACUCCUUAGCUGCUGGCAUCAUCCACCCCUUGUCUUCUCUCCUAGGAGCAGGAUUCUUCUUUGUGGAUAAAAAGGACGAUAGUCUCCGGCCGUGUAUAGACUAUAGAGGACUAAAUGCCAUUACAGUUAAAAAGAAAUAUCUAUUACCCUUACUCUCUUCAGCCUUUGAACCGGUACAGGACGCCACCAUUUUCACCAAAUUAGAUAAUUUAGUAUGUAUCCACCAGGGAGACAAAUGGAAGACCGGCCUUCAAGACGCCUGUGGGACACUUUGAACACUUGGUCAUGCCUUUUGACUUAUGUAAUGCUCCAGCGGUUUUCCAGGCCCUGGUGAAUGACAUUUUGAGAGACUAUUUAAACACCUUUGUUUUUGUUUAUUUAGAUUACAUUUUAAUUUACUCCAGGAACCUAUCAUCGCCGACAUGUCCGCCUGGUUCCUCAACGCCUCCUGGAGAAUCAACUUUUCGUGAAGGCUGAGAAGUGUGAAUUCCACAGGUUAUCCAUCAGCUUCUUAGGCCUUACUCUCGAGGGUGGACAGGUUCGCGCUGAUCCGGAGAAGAUACAGGCAGUUUUGGACUGGCCUCAACCCGAUUCCAGAAAACAACUACAGCGGUUUCUUGGAUUCUCGAACUUCUACAAACGAUUCAUACGGAACUACAGCCAGGUGGCCAGACCUCUAACUGCUCUAACCUCGUCUAAGGUGCCGUAUGUAUGGACCACUGAAGCCGACACAGUCUUCUCCAGACUCAAGAGUCAAUUCUCCCAGGCCCCCUUGCUCAUCCACCCGGACCCCAGCAAGCAGUUCAUCUUGGAGGUGGAUGCCUCGGACACAGGAGCAGGGGCUGUACUCUCCCAGCGCUCGGAACUGGACGGGAGACUCCAGCCCUGUGCCUUUUUCUCCAGUCGCCUGUCUCCGGCUGAGCAGAACUACGACGUGGGCGACAGGGAGUUACUGGCCAUCAAGCUGUUGCUGGAGGAAUGGCGUCACUGGCUGGAGGGGGCCGGACAUCCCGUACUGGCACGGAACUAACACCAAGCCUAAUGCCCUCUCAUGUCAGUUUGGCCAUGACGAUUCAGAAAAAGAAACGGUUCCUAUUUUACCUCCCUUCUGUACUGUCGGUGCAUUAACCUGGGAGAUAGAGGAGAUUGUGCGGCGAGCCCUACCUAAUGACCUGGGGCCCGGUAAUGGACCAGCGGGCCGCCUCUACGUUCCUGUUGCCGUACGACCUCGUCUGAUUGGAUGGCACCACUCAGCCAGAUUUGCUACCCAUCCCGGGGCCAGCCGAACUAUAGCCUCGAUCUCCAGGAGGUACUGA